CAUGGACACUCUUAAGGUCUUUGAUUCAAUGCAUAAUUUGCUUAGAGGUGCAGUAGAUAAAGCCCUUGAAAGUGAGAAUGGACACCUGGAUCUGUUCCUGCGGUUCCUGCUGGGCGUCUCACUGGAGUCCAAUCAGAGACUCUUACAGGAUCUACUGACACACACAGAGAACAGCUCAGAGAGCAUCAGGAGAACCACACAGUACAUUAAAGAGAAGAUCAGAGAUGGACAUGGACUCUCCACUGAAAGAUCCAUCAAUCUGUUCCUCUGUCUGCUGGAAGUGAAAGAUCAGACUCUGUCCAGAGAGAUUCAGGAGUUUGUGAAAUCAGACAAACACUCAGAGAAGAAACUCUCUCCUGCUCACUGCUCAACAAUUGCCUACAUGCUUCAGACGUCAGAGGAGCCGCUGGAUGAGCUGGACCCAAAGAAAUACAACACAUCAGAUGAGGGCAGAAGAAGACUGAUACCAGCUGUGCUCAACUGCACAAAAGCUCUUCUUGCUGGCUGUAAUCUCACUGCUCAGGAUUGUGAAGUUGUGUCAUCAGCUCUACAAUCCUCAAACUGUGUCCUGAGGGAGCUGGAUCUGAGUAACAAUGACCUGCAGGAUUCAGGAGUGAAGCUGCUCUCUUAUGGACUGAAGAGUCCAAACUGUCAGCUGGAGAUACUGAGACUGGAUCAUGGAGGAGAUACCAGGAUCAAACCAGGACUGCGAAAGUAUGCCUGUGAUCUCACACUGGAUCCAAACACAGCACACACUCAACUCAUCUUGUCUGAAGACAACAAAGAAACAGCAUGUGUGAAAGAUCACCAGCCAUAUCUUGAUAAUCCAGAGAGAUUUGAGCGCUUUGAGCAGGUUCUGUGUCAACCGAGUUUGACUGAACGCCAUUACUGGGAGGUUAAAUUGAGAGGAUGGGGUCAUGUAGCAGUGGCAUAUAAAGGAAUCAACAGGAAAAAAGGGAGUGACUGUCGAUUUGGACUCAACGACAAGUCCUGGAAUCUUUAUUGUUGUGAUAAGAUUUACUCUGUCUGGCACAAUAAUGAUAGGACAAACAUUCCUCUCCCUUCAUCACCCACUGAUAAAAUAGGUGUCUAUCUAGACUGGCCAAACGGCACUCUGUCCUUCUACAUCGUCUCUGACACACACACACUCACACACUUACACACAUUCAACACCACAUUCACUGAACCCCUCUACGCUGGUAUUGCAGUUUAUUAUGGUUAUUCAAUGUCUCUGUGUCAGAUUUAACAACCUCAUGUGAGGAACCACAGAGACACAUAUAG